AUGCCUACCAUGUGGCUUUCAGACUCCCAGAAGAUUGGGGUUGCCUUCUGCUCCGGAGGAGGCUUCUUCUUGAUCGGAGGAGUGAUCAUGUUUUUUGAUCGCUCAAUGUUGGCCAUGGGCAACAUUCUCUUCCUAGCCGGAAUUACCCUACUCCUCGGAGUUCAACGCACAUUCCUCUUCUUCGCUCGCCGUCAAAAGAUUAAGGGCACAGCAGCUUUCGUCGCAGGCAUCAUACUAAUUCUCCUCCGCUGGCCAUUGAUUGGCUUCCUCGUCGAGAUCUACGGCAUCUUCAUACUGUUUGGCGAGUUCUUCAAGACGAUAGCUGGAUUUGCUUACAACAUUCCUGUCGUGGGACCGUACCUUGCGAGGGGUUUGCAAAAGGCUGGAGAAAAAGCCGGAGAGGGAAAUAAGAACAAGGAUCUGCCUGUCUAG